CCUCUUAACAUCAGACGACGUCAAAUCUCGGCACAGAGCCGACAGAAUCUGUGCGGGCCGUGCUAUGUUGCAAGACGGCUUCACCAAAGCGCAAGAAGAGACUCAUACCAACACCAACAGACACAGACAAUGGCGGCGGGACACGGCCUCUUCUUCUUCAUUCCCGGCAACCCAGGACUCGUCGAUUACUACACCGACUUCUUCGAUGCGCUAAAGGCCCGUAUCGGCUGGGCCGACGGCCACAUUCACGUUCACGGCCGCGAUCUCUUUGGGUUUAGAGAUGACAGCCACGAGCCAUUCAGCAAAGACAGUCCGCCGUAUGAUGUGGAACAUCAGAUUGAGCUUGUUUUUGACCAUUUGGCAUCGUUGCGGCGGACAGACUCCUCGCGCAAUGCACCGGGCAAGAAAGGCGAGCCAUAUGACUUUGUCGUUAUCGCGGGCCACUCUGUCGGUAGCUACAUUGCCCUGGAAAUCUUCCACCGGCACCUAAAGGAUCCCUCGCGAGCCCCGCAUCUCAAGCUUCUCACGGGCAUGCUGCUCUUUCCCACCGUCACACAUAUUUCUCAGUCGCCGAGCGGGAAGCAAAUGGAACUCAUCCGCACGACGCCAUUUCUCAACAACACCGCACACAUCGUCGCCCAAAAGUUUCUGAACCUUUGGCCGGCGGUAGCGCUAAGGUGGUUCGUUGGCAAUAUCCUGGGCUUCGGCCCCAAGGCAGCAGAUGUCACUACUAGUUUCUUGAAAAGUCGGGAUGGAGUAUGGCAAGCGAUUCACAUGGGCAAGGAUGAGAUGAAAGUUAUUACCGAGGAGAAGUGGGAUAAGGAACUCUGGGAGGUCGAAGAGGACGAUGUGGGGAACGUCAAGAGAGCGGCUCCUAGGUUCUUCUUCUUCUUCGCGAAAAAGGACCAUUGGGUUGGGGACCAUUUCCGGGACCACUUCAUUAGAGCCCGAGAGAAGCAUAUCGAGAACGGUUGGGCGAGGGUUGAGAUUGACGACACCGGGCUUCCUCACGCGUUCUGCACCACGGAAAAGAAUAGUGAGAUCAUAGCCGCAAAGGUCGCCGAAUGGUUGAAAGAGGUCUGGGAUGGCUUGGCUCAGCCAACAGCAUGAUCAUGCAUAGUUGUAUUCCAAGAAAAUUCCAACGCUUCUGAUCUUACAUGAAAUAACUAGAAUGAUAAGAGCGGAAGUCAGACGGAAACCUCGCCUUCUUCCCCUCCCAAGGUAACCGAAAAGAAAUGCCCUUUUGAGGUGUUUGGAUAUGUCCGGGUUUUACCAUCAACUCUAGACCAUGAAGUUGUCGUGAUGACACCGCCAAUAAUCUGGGGAAAGUCUACAACACCAUGCUUCAC